AGCGCCGCUGGAACCAUGCAGGUCGUGUUUUUUACUUUGCUGCUUCUUGCUCCGGCCUUCUUCUUGGCAACCGCUGAACGUGUGAACGUGUGUGAAUUGCCUAAUCUUAGAGUUGAAGGUGUCUUUUUUUGCGUUUCCUCUGCAGCUUCGGAUUCGCUGAAGACUUCAUUGUUUUUUAUGAAGAAGUUAACAAAAUGCGAAACCUACUCCUGUGCUGUGGAGGAAUUUUGCCGUAGUGGCAGUACUUUUGAGCUGGAAUUGUUGAAAUUUCUUGAGAACCCGGAGCUUUUGUGCGAGUUUUUCAGGUUGUCAAAUCUUUGUACCAAGGAUGAACGGAAACCAAAUGACUUGUGAAAGAGCAGUUAGGAUCUGGCGAUUGCCAUCCUCUUUUUGACCGAAUUAACCAAUAAGGCGUGCGUGUCCUCCAGUCAUUCGGCACGGGAGCUUAACAAAU